AACUUUGCAGCCCGGGUUUCUGGGGCAAAAUAAAUCUUUGCUCUGUCCGGACUGUGCAAAGUCCCUGAGCCCCUAGCGAGCAAGACGCCAACAACCAUGGCUUCCAGGCCCUGCCCGCCGUCCCCGCUACUCGUGCGGCUGCCGCUGUCGGAGUCCAUCCCCAAGGCCCACAGGAAACUAGAGAUAUACUUCCAGAGCCAGGCUUCGGAAGGCGGGGAGUGCACUGUCCAGCCCUUGGGCCCCAGCGCCCCCGACACCUUCCAGGUGAACUUCCUAGAAAGGGCAGCUAAGGAGAGAGUUCUGAAAAAGGAAGAGCACCAGACGGAGAUUGCUGGCAAACCUGUGACCAUUUUCCUGGAAACCACGAAAAAGUCAGUGGAGGACCCAAGUUCCAGUCCUCCAUCUCUGGCACAGCCAGAUGAGGCUCCAAGCUCCAGUCCUCCAUCUCUGGCACAGCCAGAUGAGGCUCCAAGCUUCAGUCCUCCAUCUCUGACACAGCCAGAUGAGACUCCAAGCUCCAGACCUCUGUCUGUGACCCAGUCUCUGGAUGAAGCACUGUCUGAUGAAGGGCCUGUUUAUGAUUCUGAUGACACUAUUGUCCAGGAGGUCUUUCUUGCUGUGACCGCUGAGCUGAACUGUGAGCUACUCUCCAAAGAGCAGAGGGCACACAUAGCCUCUGUCUGCCCUGGAGUCAGAAGCAUGGAGGGUGAGGAUGGAAUUGCCAGGGUGUGUGGCAGCUUCAAAGAUAUUGAGAAGAUACAUCGCUUCCUGAGUGUGCAGCUUUUGGAAAGUGAGCAGAAACAGAAGUACUCAACGCACAAACACACCCCUUAUGAUGUGGAGAUAGAGCCACCCAACCAGCUAGACUUGGGCAGGGACUUUUCCUCUUCAGAACCAAAAACUGGGUUAGAAGAUGUUUCUGAGAACUGUUUUAAAGUUCCUCUGCUUUUCCUUGAAUAUUUCAGACAUACCUAUCCUGGUAGAAUAGAAUCCAUAGAGAAUAAAUUUGGUGUAAUUUUUGAAGUCCGAGAUAGUGCUCCCAAUAUGGUCUCUGUAUACUUCAACAAUGGCCAACCAGGCAACUUAGAAGCAGCCUGUGAGUCUUUCAUCAGAGACUUUCAGGGAUGCACCCAAGCGCUGAAGCAGGACUGUGUCUCUUUAGAGGACCCUCAGAGAGCAAUGGAACUCAGACAGGAGCUGAAUCGCUGCUUCCCAAAGCUCCUGAUAAAGGAACAGGGAAGAAAGCUAACUUUCCUCGGGUCUCAAGCUGACAUCUCAGCCGCCACAGAAAAAGUCUCCCAAACUUCCUUCAGGACUCCUGUGGAAAUAAUGUCCUCUGGUUACAUGACAGGGAUUGAGGUUGAUUCGACUCACUUCAACCUUCUAAAACCAGCAUUGCUCCAGGAAAUCUCAGAGAUAGAGCAGAAGUAUAACACUUGUGUAAAAAUCCAGGAGAAAUCCCAGAAAACCUGCAUUCUAUUUGAACCCAGGGAUAAGGAGGUCGACCUGUCCGUGCACUCUUAUGCCAGUUUCACUGAUGCAUUCCAACAUGCCAUGUGUCAGCUAACGACAGAAAUCCUGCCGCUGAAACAUUUGGGCAAGGGAAAAGCUCACUUACACAAGACCAAGUUUGUUGAUGACUUAAAGAAAAAGCACCCAAAUGUACACUUUGUGAUAUCUAAAGAGUCAAUGACUUUGAUGGGUUUGCCGAAUCAGCUUACACAGGCAAAGCAGUAUAUGUUCAUAAGAAUGGGACUGUCCCUACCAUCUGCAGAGAGUUUAAAUGUGGAUCAUGAGACACCCAUGGAUAUCGACAAGAAUGACUCAACUGCAGCUUCACCUCCUCUCAGAGGCUCUGCUGACAGCUCUGAGGCCUCGAAGGUAAAUGAUAAGGAAGAUUCCUGUGCCAUCUGCAUGGAUACCAUUAGCAACAAGCGUGUGCUCCCUAAGUGCAAGCAUGAAUUCUGCUCCUCUUGUAUCACCAAGGCCUUGUCAUUCAAGCCUGUCUGUCCUCUGUGUCAGACUUCCUACGGUAUCCAGAAAGGGAACCAGCCAAAAGGAACCAUGACUUACACUACUUCAAGACAGUCACUUCCAGGUUAUGCAGACUGUGGCUCAAUUGUGAUUCAAUACAUUAUAGAAAGUGGCAUCCAAACAGAUGAGCACCCAAACCCAGGAAAGCCCUAUCAUGGAACACAACGAACUGCAUACUUGCCUGAUAAUAAGGAAGGAAGAAAGGUCUUGGAUCUGCUCCAUAAAGCCUUUAAGAAUAGGCUGAUUUUCACAGUAGGGGACUCUCGAGUAUCAGGAGCCUCCAAUGUUGUUACAUGGAAUGACAUUCAUCACAAAACAUCCACGUUUGGAGGACCAGAAAAUUUUGGCUACCCUGAUCCUCAUUACCUGACACGUGUCAAGGAGGAGCUGAAAGCAAAAGGAAUUGAGUAAGGAAAGCGCUGGGAAGACGUCUGUCCACUUUCAAAAGAAGUGUGUUAGGAGGCCGCAGUAGGACAGGCCUCAAUCUUUUUGUAGAAAAAGCUUACAGCAUUUUUCAUGUUAAGUAGAUGUAGUUUCUAUGAAAGCAGAAGUCUGCUUGCCAGUGAUUUCUAGUGUUUUUCUUUCUUGGAAGGCAAAAUAUGAAGGGCAUGUGCUGGGGAGAUCAUAACGUGUGAAGACGUGAGCUCAGACCCACGGCAUCCAUGUAAGAGUUGGUGUGAUGGCAUACACUUGUAAGCUUAGCCCUGGGGAGUGGAGAUGGAAGGAUUCCUGGAGCUCAUUGGCUAGUUAGUCUAGCCAAAACCAAUACCAUGGGCUCCAGGUUCACUGAGAGACCUUGUCUCAAGAAAUCAGGUGCAUCUGGGCAAUGUGGCACAUGCCUUUAAUGCCAGGAAUUGGGAGGCAGUAGCAGACCAUCCCAGGCCAGCCUGGUCUACAUAGCCCAAGUUCCAGGACAGCCAGGGCUACAUAGUAAGACCUUGUCUCAAAACAAACAAAGCAAAUAUGAGGUAGACAGAAAUAAAGACAUUGAACAUCACCCUCUGACCUCUAAAUGCACCUGUAUACACAUUCACACAUGCGCACACACACAUAGAGAAAAUUUUUAGGACAGAAAAACAUAAAGAUUUCAAAUUUUUGCUGAGGAAGUCUGAUCUCAUUUGUGUUCUAUUGGGGUUGCUGCCAAGUAUGAAGUCACCUUCUGUAUCUUUCAUUGAAUCACUGGCAACUAGUAGAACCUCUCCUGCUCUUUGUUUUGCUUGAUACAUGGUCUCUCUGUGCAGCUCUUGAACUCUCUUUGUGAACCAGAUUGGUCUUGAAUUUCAUUCUGCCUGCAUCAGCCUUCUGAAGCUGGGGUUAAAGACAUGUGCUACAUGUCUGAUUGUAUUUGUUUGCUCGGGGUUCUAGUUUUUGCCUCUUUUGGUUGAUUUGGUUUAUUUGGUUUUGGUGUUGGGACUUAAAACCAAGGCCAAUAAAUUCCAUCCCAAGACCUUCGAUCGUGUUUCAUGGCCAUCUCUUGCGUAGUAUGUGUUGUUUGGUUUUUAAUCUCCUCCUGGAAAAGUAAAACCCUUGUGUAAAUGGGAAAGUGAAACCCUUGUGUAAAUGGAAAGUUUAAAAACAGGAUUGAUUUGAAAAGACCCCCAUUUCCCUCUAUACCCAUGUAAAAAAACAUGCCCAGGAGGUCAGGCAACCUUUGAUAAUAAGUAAGACAAGUAGAGUCUUAUUUUCCAGGAUAUAGAACCUAGUGGACAGUUGGUACUUAAUGUGUGUUUGUUGCCUGACUCAGCUCAGCAGAGGUAUGAGAAUAUAAAAGGAUGUGCUCCUCAAAUCUUUGGCAGAAGCAGAACUGGAGACUGACAUUCAUUUGGAAAACAGUUUCUUACCCCAACAUGUAUUGGUGAGACUCUGGCCAGGCCUUUAUUGUGGGUUCUACUCUUCCCUAUCCUUGGAAUUGACCUCAAUGAGUGUACUUGCCCCACCACAGACAUGAACAUGUUUUCCACAUUUUACCCCCAUACGUUAUGCUGCGCUUUUGAAUAUGUCCUGUUUUAAAUUGAACAGAUAAAUAACCUUGCCUUACUUUAACAUUUUCUAAUAACUGUUACCUGAAAUGUAGUAGAGUUUUUUGUUGUUUGUAUUUUGGAGUGUGUUCUGGUUUUGGUUUAGUUGUUUUGUUUUGUUCUUUCUUUUGGUUUUUCUUAACCCUUUGAUUCAAUCCCACAAAUCUAUGUUGUCUCUCUUAUAGUCUUUCUAAUCCGUUCCCUGGACAUGAGUAAAGAAGAACUAAACCUCAUGUAGAAUUUGUCUGGCAAGUCACAGUUCACUGUAAGCAGUUUCCAUGUCAGAAGAAAAUCCUAGUAGAGAGUGUUCCAGUGAUCUGUGUUCCACCCACUCUCCAAAAUGGCAAAUGAAUGUCUUGAGCUCUUCCUGAAGACACACAUGCACACAUGAAAACCUUUAGCCAGAGAAUAGUAGCAAGCAUUUAUUGAGUAGUUACUCUGCCUGUGCCUUAUGUUAAUGUGAUCAAUACAAUUAGUAACUCUAGUCUUUCCACAGAAAACUGGUGUGCAGAGACUAUUAGGUAGUCACCAAGGUAACAUAAUUAAUAAGUGGAAGUGCUAGUUUUACCUCAGUCCUGGUUUUGUGUUUUUGAGACAGAGUUUCAUGUAGGCCAACUUGGUCUUGAAAUGUAGCCAAGGGUUUUCUUCAACUCUGACCCUCCUGCCUACUAUCCAAGUUUUUGCAUAUAUCCUAGACUGAUCAUGUUGUUGUUGUUGUUGAUUUCUCUUUUAUUCUUUGGAGGGCCCGAAUCCCAGCUCCAAAAUAAUCACACAGAGAACUAUUCUUACUUAUAAACACCCGGCCUUAGCUUGACUUCUUUCUAGUCUGCUUUUCUUAAGUUAUCCCAUCUACCUUUAGCCUCUGGGCUUCUACUGUUCACUAUUGCGGUAUAUCUCUGCUUUCCUUCUUAUUCCAUGUCUGGCAGUGUGGCUGGGUGCCUGGCAUACGCCUACCCUUCUUUUCUUGUUCCCUGAUCUCUGUUCCCAGAUUUCUCCUUCUCUUUAUUCUCUCUGCCUGGCAGCCCUGUCUAUCCUUUCUCCUGCCUAGCUAUUUGCCAUUCAGUUCUUUAUUAGACCAAUUGGGUGUUUUAGGUAGGCAAAGUAACACAGCUUCAUAGAGUUAAACAAAUGCAACCUAAAAAAAGGCAGCACAUCUUUCUUUCAUCAAACAAACAUUCUACAGCAUAAACAAAUGUAACACAUCUGCAAUUAAUAUUCCACAAGCCAUCUCUCAGGAUCUGCCUUCCUCUGUCUUCCAAGUGCACGGAUACAUCAUUAUGCCUCACUUCUACAUCCCGCUUAAACCUUUUACUAUUGAUGAUUUACCAAGUUUUUAUCAUUAAGACUAAUGAUCAGUUUCUGCCAUCUAAUCUAGCAGUUUAAUUUACUCCAAAGAAGCAAAAAAUAGUUUCUGUUAACUUCUGGGUCUUGUAUUUCAUAACAUAUGCAUAUGCAAAUUCAAUAUGAUGUGAAUGCUUAAUGGCAUUUGGAUUUCUGCUUUUGCAGGUGUUAUUAUCUGGCUUAAAUAAAUUUAGGUUCUUAUUUACAACAGA